ACCUUUUUCUAACCUUAAAGCACUCUUUCCUUCUUCACUCUUCACCAUGUCUCACUGUUUUUGCUGCUACUUCUUUCUCCUUCCAUCUUUUUCCAAAAAUGCCCAGAAAAGCAUCACCCUUUUUCCACAAAGUCUCCCUUCAUCUCCUCAGACUCUCUCUUCUCAUCCACAGAUUAAGAAAACCCAUAUUGCCAAAGCUCCUCAAGAGGUUCAAGAAGUGUCAGGAGUUGAAGCUCCUGAAGCACUCUGAGUAUGGAGAGUACCAGUUCUCCGCUUCAACAACUCCCCUCAUUCCUGGUUACCAUCGAAACCAGUUCAAGAACAGGGUCCAACCACCUCUGUGUUCUUUCUUGUAUCUCUAUUGGUGCCUUGGCAACUUCCAAGUAGAACGAAGUGGGGAGUGCCAGCUGGCAUUGGAACCCUUUGAAAUUGGAGAUGAAACAAGCCUAGUUCAGGAUUUGUUUGAGUGUGGUUCAGGGGAUGAAGGUGAAUCGGUUGAUCAGAAGGCUGAGAAGUUCAUCCAGAGUUUCUACCAGCAGAUGAGAAUGCAGAGGCAGGAAUCGUUCUAGCUCUUCAGAUUCACUUUAUAUUUUUCAAUUCAUUAUUCCUUUCUUGAUUGUUUUAUUCAAUCUUUGCAUUAAUUUCGCCUUCGUUUUGCUUAAUUUAAUUUUCAAUCAGGAGAAAUGGAUUACUUUCUUGCUUAAUUUAAUUCUUUAAAUUCUUAAAUAUAUCAAUUUAAUUCCAUCUCUUGGUGUAAUGAAGAUUUUUUUUUUCUUUUGCUAAUUUAUAGCAUUGUAGUUUAUAUAAACCAUUUAGCAUGUGUUGUAAGGAAAUCCUAGCCAGUAAAUUCAAAGAUUCUUUUUUUUCUGGUUUAUAUAAGAUCGUAUCGCAGACCAGUAUUUCGUCUGAGAUCUUGUGAUAUAUUAUAUAUCAUACAUGAU